AUGUCAAGCCAGACGCGUCACGAGGAUGAUCCACUUUGCAAGAGCAACGACCGGCAAGGGUUGUACGACGACACUAACAACAGCAGCAGUCUCGAGAACAACUCGGCUCUAUUUUCUUUCUUCCCCACAGCACCAUUUGAGCUAUCUGCACGCGACGCCGUUGCCAUGUCAGUGGCUACCAUAUACGAGCCGACUCCUUUCCGCGAUGGCACUUACCUUGAAUCUUUGAAGGAAGAGUCAAGUGCAGUGUUUGUGCCAAGACAAAGUACGAGUGCCAGUAGCACAAAGACUAUUCCGCCUUUUGCACAGAUCGAUUGCCGUCAGCAAUCGGAUUACAACCCACUACAAGAUGAUCAACUCUCCGAUUACUUGGAAGAGGAAGACGACUCGCCCUACGCCGCUGCUCCUACUACACGGACGUCGGCUCCCAAGAUUUCCACUUACAAUCGACACCAAGACAACCGUUGGGUUGAGCACUACCAAGCGCUUCUCCGUUACAAAAGUAAACACGGAAACUGUCAUGUUCCACAGAACUACCAGGAGGAUCCCGGACUCGCUCGAUGGGCAAGGCGACAGCGACACCAAUACAAACUCAAACGCCAGAAUCUAAAGUCAUCUAUGUCCACCGAGCGUCAGGUCAUGCUGGAACAAGCCGGCUUUGUCGCAGACCCCCAGAUGGACAGCUGGGAGAUUCGUCGCCAAGACCUUGAAGAAUACAAACGAAAGUAUGGGGAUUGCAACGUCCCAGCUCGGUACACCGAGAACCCCGCAUUGGCCACUUGGGUCAAGCGCCAACGUCGUGCUUACAAGCGAUUCCAAAGUGGAAAGCCGGGUUCGAGACUGUGUAAGGAGCGCUUUGUGAUAUUGAGCAGGAUGGAGUUUGUGUGGAAACGACGAAAUGAAAACACCACAACUGCAAAGAAAAGCGCAUUCUCUACCAGCAGAAACACAACUACCUUCUGA